UAUGCAUCCCGUUGCCCUCGCUUCAUCUCUCCACUGCCUCUCGUCAACCUCACCAACUUUCUCCUUCUACCACUUUGCUCUCCUUUCAAGGCAUCGCGAAGACUCUUGUCAACUCUUUUUAUAAUAACUCUGACUCUUCGUCCACUCUCUGCUUCUGAACCACUUCGACUCAUACUACUUGCACUUGCACACUCGGGACCCUUCCCCCGCCUACUCUUCUACACACAACCAACCACCAACGCAAUGGCUCUCGACAUGUGGACUCACGAGUUCUGCCUUACCUGCGACCGACAGGUCCAGGUCGACGGCGACGCCUACUGCUCUGAAGCAUGCAGAAUGUCCGACUUCGAAAAGACUCCCUCCACUCCCAGUUCUCAAGCCAGCUCGCCCGGCUUCUCUCCCGUCUCCUACGCCAGAUCAGGCAGCCUCUCAAGCCGACCUGCUCCCACCAAGUUCUUCCUGUCUCCCGCCUACGACUUCAACCAGGCCCAGCCCUACGGCUCAACUCCUCGGUCAUCAUCGUCGUUUGGCAGCUACAUGUCGGACAUGUCACCUCUCUCCUCCAACCGGGGCCUCACCCCCUCGAGCUCACACAGCAGCCUCUGCUCCAUGCAGAGCGUAUCCUCUACCGCCGAGGCGAGCCAGCUGUCAGACAAGGCACGGAUGGAACUGCGAGCAUACGCUGUUUCAUUCGAGCAGGUCAGACUGCAGCGCCGGCGAUCAUACUAAAUAACCAACAUCAUCCUCACACGAACUCACACACAUACAUACCACACUCUACCAUCUACCAUCACGCAACUCAAUCAUACGCAACACAAUAUGAAACGAUACGAAACCAUCCUACCAUUACUUGCUAUACUGUUCUUGUUCUUUUAAAACAAGCCCAUUUUCUUUUACCUCAUUUUUUAUUUCCCUUGAGUUGUAUCAAGACGGACGUUACACGGAGCACCGUAUACCCAUAAAAGCACCUUUUUUGCCUCUUUGAAAUUUUUUAAUCGAGCGCACUGUCUUCUCUACACCC